UCGUGGAGGCGCAGGGUUAGGAGUGUGGAGGGGGUGGAGAAUUGGCCUUGGGGUUAAGGUGGCUUUGAUGGUGGAGUGGAGGAGGUUGACAGAGUUUGGCGAUGGUGUGAGAGGGGGGGAGGAAGUGUGCCGGUUGAUGUGCGGAUGUGGUGGCAAGGGUGAAAGGGUUGAGGUCGCGGGUUGCUUUUGUUUAGUGAUUGACGGAGAGGGUCGGUGGCGGUGUUUCCCAUGGGUGGUUAGGAGGAGGAGUUACAGGCGUAGUCUAUUGGUUGCCCCUUCGGCUGGAAACUUGGAUUUUGAUCAGGGAGGUUAAGCGGCGCCUUGGAGGUGUUAAUUUGGACUUGGAAGUGGAAAUGGGGUUGAGCGCAUGAGGAAGUAGACGUCGGGGUUUUAUGCUUAUCCAUUGAAUAUGCAAUCUAUGAGGCUUAAUUCCUAGGAGUGUUAAAAGGCGACCUGAGAGAUUGCGAAUAAAACUGUUCAGCCCUCAAUUUUGGUCCAAGUACAUCUGACUUGGGAUUGUUGGAGCAUGCGGGCAUAAAUGGAUGGACUCAUCAGAGAACCAAUGACGUGAAAGUUGGAAUGUGCUCUCAUUCUCUGUAAAUAGUUAUUCAGAGGUUAGAUUGUUAUAUUGGGAUAGUCAAUCUCACUUGGGUAACUUGACGGACGCGAUCGGGGGUCUGGAAGGGGUAAUGAGGGAUCUUGACUCGUAAUGGCGACCCUGGUAUCUCUCCAGCUAGUGCGGGUUGCAGGUGUGAGGGAUCAUCACGCUAGUGCUUAUACCAUCCCUUCACGGCGGUCAAAGUUGAACUUUAACAAACGCAUUGUCCAGGGACUCAGUUUGAGGACCGCAUCACAACCCAGGGAGGGCAGCCUACAGGGAGGAGGGUCUUUGUGUAGUCCAUUAUGGAGCCACCUUUUGGUCUCGAAGAGAAACUCGCAUGUACGAGCAGUCCGUUCCCCAACUUCCGCCUCUUCUGUUCAACCAAUUCCUUAUGAGCAAGAAAUCAAGAAAAUAGCUGUAAAUGUAGCCAAUUAUAGUGCAAUCCUGGCCAGUUACACUGCUCAUCUUUUAAAGAGGACUGUCGAUUUGUAUCAGCUAUGCCCUCCUUUGGUAGCUCAGGUUGCUCCUGCCAUGGGACUUGUAGCAUUUUCAAUAUGGGGCUUGGGACCUACGACAAGAUUGAUACGUAAAAAUAUUUUCAAGAGGAGUGAUAAGAAAUGGGAUGAGAGCCGAACUUUCAAUAUUAUGGCUUCCUACAUGCGACCCAUUUUGUUGUGGAUUGGAAUCAUCCUCAUUUGCAGAGCAUUUGAUCCAGUGGUACUGUCCACAGAAGCAAGCCAAAUUAUCAAGCAACGGUUUGUCAACUUUGUCCGGUCACUGUCGACCGUUCUUGCUUUUGCCUUCUGCACUGCCAGUUUGACACAGCAAGUUCAAAGGUUUAUGAUGGAGCAUCAAGAUGCAGAGGAGUCACGAAAUAUUGGUGUGCAAUUCAUCGGCAACGCUGUAUAUACUUCUGUUUGGAUAGCAGCAGUAUGUCUGUUUAUGGAGCUGUUAGGAUUUUCUACACAAAAGUGGAUUACAGCUGGAGGAUUUGGAACUGUGCUUAUCACUCUUGCUGGUCGUGAGAUAUUCACGAACUUUUUAUCAAGUAUCAUGAUACACGCUACUAGGCCUUUCGUUGAUAAUGAAUGGAUUCAGACGAAAAUCGAGGGUCAGGAGGUGUCUGGCACUGUUGAGCAUGUUGGGUGGUGGUCUCCAACUGUGAUUCGAGGAGAUGAUCGUGAAGCUGUCCAUAUUCCAAAUCACAAAUUCAGUGUGAGCGUAGUCCGCAAUUUGAGUCAAAAGACUCACUGGCGAAUCAAGACGCAUCUGGGAAUCAGCCAUCUCGAUGUCAACAAAAUGACACCCAUUGUUGCAGACAUGCGGAAAGUUCUGGCAAAGCAUCCUCAAGUUGAGCAGCAGCGACUGCAUCGCCGUGUCUUUUUUGACAGUAUCGAUCCUGAGAAUCAAGCUCUGCUGAUCUUAAUUUCCUGCUUCGUGAAGACCUCUCACUUCGAGGAAUACCUGCGUGUCAAGGAGAUUAUCCUUUUGGAUUUGUUGAAGGUUAUUAGCCAUCACAAUGCACGCCUUGCAACCCCAAUUCGUUCAGUACAACGUGUGCUGGACGAAACCGAGUCAAGGAGUGCUGGAUUCCGCGACAUGCGGAGUGCUAAUCAAGCUCAACGGCGGACUUUCUUGCUUCUAGGUUCCCAAGCUGUAUCGGCUUCUGACGACGAGGAAGAUGACAGUGAUGUCUCAGAGGAUAUCUCUGAAGAUUUAUCACAACUCAGCGCGCAAACAGUGAGGGCCACUAAAGCAGGGCCGACCAAAGAUAGUGAAGACAGUGGAAGUGAAAGUGAUGGAGCAGUGCAGGAGCAACGUGAUUUGAAAGCUCCAAACGAGCUUAACAAACACAAGGGAGGUGUUUCUGAAGGUGAUGGUAACGUAGGAGCUGACUCAUCGAAGACUCCUGUAGCAGUACAACAAAUCGCUAAGGGCUCAGGUUCUAAUGAAAGCCUUCAGGAACCAGUUUUGACAGAGAAUGUCGAAGGUACUGAUGUAAGUGAAACUCUUAUGGAUAGGAUUCAUGCCGGAACUGAGGAAAGGUUGAUAAAAUCGCAUACAGACACAUCUGUACCGCAGAACCAGAGUGAGAAUGGGAAGGCUACCUCGGAGCAACCAGUUGCUGGAAAUCAAGUUGCAGCAGCUGACGUUGUCGUGGAGUUGCCAAAGGAGAAGGUGCCACAUCUUUACUCGAACAACGUCGGUCUCAAUGAUGCGAGUGAGCAAGGUGCUGAGACUUCAUCGUCAAUAAAAAGUGAUUCUCAGGGGAACAAGAGUGACACUCCGAAAAUCAACAACAACGUUCACAGCGACCUGGCAGAUCAUGGAGUGGGAACUGCUGUCCAGACCGGCACUGAUAGCACCCAAGGACAAACACAUACCUCGAAAGUGAUUGAUAAGCACGUAAGUGCUCACGUAGCGAUGGAAAGUACACCAUCAGCAAGCUCAAGUGACCCGUGGAGACAGCCGUCUACCUCACAAACGAAAGAAGAAAGUAGUGUUAGUGAUGGAGUUAUGGUGGGAGCAUCGACCCCACAAUUAAGUAACGAAAGCGUUCCGAGUUUAUCACCAGCAAACACCGAUGACGAUCCAUGGAAACAGCCAUCUGCUUCGCAAACGCAGAAUACGCACAAGGCACAGCCUAGUUCUAAUUUGGUAGUCCCUGGGGUUGCCAUAGACGGUCCUAAACACACUCUUCCUUUGGACGAUGACAUCUUAGAUAAUUCGCGCACGCUCGUUGCGUUGGGGAAACCUUCCAGCAUUAAAGAGCGGCGAGACAGCUCAAGCCAUGGUGUUGCGAAAGGAGCUACACCGAAUGACACAAGGGAGAGAGAUCGGUAACCCUAGUUUGAUUUCCCCCAUCUCUCCCGCUUUCUAAUUUUCCAAAACGAUCUUCCAAGGUCUCCUUGCAACGAUCCCUUCUUCGCUGCAAGGUCCAUAUGGUCAGCCUGGUAUUCCAGUCGGCUCCCCUUGUUGAUUUUUAGGUUUUGGGAGGCUGCCACUUGAACUGCAUUACAAUGCCAUUAUAUUUUUACAUCAAGUCAUUGUAUUAUUCUAGCAUGAUACUAGAAUAAGUUUGAUUGUUUGGGGUCAAAGGACUUCCGAGCACACACAUUGAUGGCAAUUUUUAUACUUUCUGUAUUUUAGUGCCGUUCUUGCAAACAAAUCUUACUUCGUGUUUAUUCUGAUUACUGCUAGCAUUGAGGAGUAUUUUCUAACACUUUCCACCAAGACGUUUGUAAAAAGAAAUAACGUUGCGAGAUAGGUAGCCUUAGGCCAAGACAGCGGGUACAAGAGGAUGUCCUUGUAAUUCAUAUCUACUGAGAAGUCGACUAUUGAAACUUUCAUUUCCCAUAUGCUAUGCUCAGA